AAACUGAAUGUAAAUUUAUGUAAUUUUUGUUUAUACACAACUAUGUUACUUAACUGUUGACGUAAUCAGUAGACAUGUGCCUGGGAUGUUUAUAAACAAAACCACGUGAUCGAUGGAACCAAUCAGAAGUGCGGAAAGGGACGCUAUCUCAGUCUGUCUUUUGUAAUCGAAGUGUUUAGUAUUGUACCUUUAAAUUGGUCAUUAUUUUGCCUUUAAUCCAAAGAUUCUUCCUACUUUCGUUUUCCCAAUAAUUUGUCAUGUGAUACCAACAGUUUUAUGGACAUAUUUUGUGAUAUUCGGGAUCUAUUGUGAUUUUUCCUUGACUGUAAACUUGUGAAAAAAUGCCGCCUAUCAGGAAUCGCACUCGUGUUAAUCGACAACCUAGGGCAUAUGACGAUUCACUUCCAGAAAAUUGGUCUGUUUCAAAAUUGAGAGAUGAAUUGAGACUAAAAGGAAUCACACAACCACAGAAUACAAGACGAAGUGUAUUAGUGAAUUUAUAUAAACAAACUGUAACAAAUGACGAGUCGAGAACUUCUCAGGCAUCGGGAACCCAGGAAUCGCGGCAAGAAACGGUUUCAACCACCCAAGGACAAGACAUUAGAACAGAGUUAUUAGGCGUGGUAAGGAACCUUACUUCUACUGUACAAAACCUGCAAAGCAGUAUGAUUUCGUUAACCGAAAGAGUCAACACCAUGGCGCGAUCGCAAACUUCAAUAACAGCGGCUGCAGGAAGCGCGGAUCAAUUACGCCAGUCGGGGGCUCAAACUACCAAUCCACGAAAUGACAAUACACCUGUAUCAUGCGGAACUCCUCGAGAGACAAGCGAAACAGACUACACUCUCACAACGGCAUGGGCUGAUCAAGCAUCACCAAGGACCAUUGGAGUAAAAACCACGUAUGGAUAUGCGGCGGAAUCACUGCCUUACGUGGAGACAAUUGCACCGAACCUUCGGAAGCAGAUUAUAGAAGAUGGACAAAUUUCGCAAACUAGCUCCGGAGGCGGACAUCCGAGCCACAGCCUGUCUUCCAUACCACAAGAUUACAAUGUAGAAGAAAUAAAGACUUUAUGGAAUGCAGCAAUUAGCCAACAGACAGCAAGAGCAUAUUCCACGGGCAUUCAACACCUUUUAUCAUUUGUGACUUUGUGUGGUAUAGCAGUACCAUUGGGUACUUUACCUGAUGUAAAUGAAGAUGUUCUUAUCAAAUUUGUAUCUUAUUGUCAUUACUCUUUAAGCUUAUCAUUUUCUUCCAUUAAGCUGUAUUUGGCUGGCAUAAGAUUUCAUUAUCUUAAAGCUGGACUCUGUAAUCCUUUAAAGCAACAUGAAAGACUUGACUGCAUUUUACGUGGCAUUAAAAGACUUCAAUCUAGUGUCUCAAAACCUAAAAGAUUUCCUGUUACAUAUCAAAUAUUAUGUCAAAUGCUUAAUCAGUUGAAUGGCUCAAUUUUUUCACCAUUCCUAGAUCUUAUGCUAUCAUGCUGUUCUCUCAUGGCAUUUUUUGGAUUUCUCCGUUGUGGAGAAUUUACUGUAAAGAGUAGUAAUGUAGACAAUGAUUUUCUUUGUAUGAAAGAUGUAAUAGAGAAAGGUGAUAAAAUGUCUUAUACUUUGUAUUUGAAAUGUUCAAAAACUGACCCUUUUCGUCAAGGUGUCUUUAUUCAUGUUUUUAACAAUGAUCACACCAAACCUGUAGAUAUUAUGCAUGAAUACUGCCAGCUACGUAUUUCACAAGGCGCUCAACCAAACUCGCCUCUGUUUGUUGAUGCUGAUGGUUCACCUUUGUCGAGAAAUCAAUUUAUAUCAUAUUUAAGACAUGUAAUAGCUGUGUUAGGUUAUGAUGACACUAAAUAUUGUGGGCAUUCAUUUAGAAUAGGUGCUGCUACUUCUGCGGCAGAAGCCGGUAUAGAAGACCAUCUUAUACAAACUCUAGGACGCUGGUCAUCAAAUUGUUAUGUUAGGUACAUAAGAACUGAUGAGAAAGUACUUAGAGAAGCACAAAAGAAAAUGUGCUGUGGAAACAGAACUUAG